AAAGCACAUAACGCUGAGUAGGUCCGGUCUGUACGAGUAAAUUGUAAUAGCUGUUUUAAGCGAACCAGUCGGAACACUGAAAAUGCGUGUGACAGACAGGACUGUGCUUUUAAUCGCAGCGUUAACAAUCGCUGUGCCUGUCAUAGGCACAGUAAUCGAAUUACCGACGGAUUACAAUCGAUCUUCACCAUGGACUGAGCUGAUCGAACUAGGUGUCGCAAAUUACACUGAAACGGACUGUGCUCGGACCUGCGUUGCCGGGGAAUUACCGCGAGUGUGUCUUUUCACAUUCGUUAUGGAGUUCUACGCAGCAAUGGGGACAGCCUGCGGGAAUUGCUCCAAUGGUGUUCUGGAGGAUUGUUACCGGUCGCAGUGCAUCCCAGCCGAUGGAACCGAGCGAGAAGUGAUGUCCAUAAACCGCAAGAUCCCUGGACCAGCGAUUCACGUCUGUAAAAAUGACCUGAUCGUGGUCAACGUGAUGAACAGAAUGGCCGGCGCGGACGUCACCCUCCACUGGCACGGCUUCCGGCAGAAGCACAGUCAGUGGAUGGACGGGGUUCCUUACGUAACCCAAUGUCCCGUCGGAGGCACGAGUUUCAGAUACAUAUUCCCAGCGGAGGAUGACGGCACGUUUUUCUAUCACGGCCACGUAGGCACGCACAGGACUAACGGGCAUUACGGUGCGUUAGUUGUUCACGCACCGAAAUCCGAAGAGCCCUGGUCGGAAAAUCUUUACUCGUAUGAUUCCGUGAAUCACACAAUCGUGUCUUCCGAUUGGAUGCACGAAACUGCAGAGAUGUUCUUUCCCGGUCUGCCGAGCAGACAGCCCGGAAUCACACCUACCACUAUUUUAAUCAACGGAUUGGGAAGAUACUACGACGGUGAGGCAGACGUAGACCUCGUGAACGCUUCAAUUCCAUUGGCAACUUUUCAUGUCCAGAACAACUUCCGAUACAGGUUCCGCAUCAUCAACGCUAACAGUCACGUUUGCCCGUUCGUUACUCAGGUACAAAAUCACUCCUUAAUGUUGAUAGCCACCGACGGCAAGCCGAUUGAACCGGUCACAGUUGAUUCCCUCAUACACUAUCCUGGUGAACGAUACGACUUUGUGCUGAUACCACUUGUAAACGUUACGGAAAGAGAUGCGUUCUGGAUACACUUUCGCGCUCUAGGGUCGUGCGAAUCUAUUAAGCUGGAUCAGUACGGCGUUCUCUCGUAUGACACCACUGACGACGAGUUAGGAAUACUGCCAACGCGAAGUCGACCAACUGUAUCGAAUCCUCUGCCGAUGGGGAUAGUCGUUAAUCACCCAAACACGACAUGUGGCGCAAAUGCGAGUCACCUUUGCGUCACUGAUUUCAGAUCCGUCGGGUACGACGAUGCCGAUGAAGUUAGAAGAAUUUUGACGGCAAAGCCAGACGUCAAUUUGAUCAUCCCGUUUGGUUUUCAUUCUUUUGAUGUCGAUACGUUCCACGAAGAUGGAAGUUACCAUCCAUUCAUGAAUCGCGGAGGAGAGAAUAUUUUAUCGGCCUGGAUGAACAAUAUAUCUUUCACGUUUCCGAGCAGUCCAAUUCUAUCGUCGUACAAUUCUUACAAGUCUCAUGGCGGCUACUGUGACAAAGACAACUUGCCAGCCAAUUGUCUGGGGAACGAUGACAAUGCCACGUUCACUCCUUACUGUGAAUGUACCCAAGUUGUAGUUCUGCAACAAAAUGACAUCGUUCAGAUGACUCUUAUAGACAACGCCGGAAUCUCUAGUCUCAAUCAUCCGAUACAUUUGCACGGUUUUUCUUUCUACGUGAUGCAUAUACAUCAAAACUUGACGAGAGACCAAAUGUUCACUGUAAGUGAGGUGGAAGAAUUCCUCAGUACAUGGGAGUUCGAAGAAUCUGACGAAGCUUCGUCGACGAAUAUGACUGUGCCACCACUAAAAGACACCAUCAGCGUACCCAGCAAUGGAUUUGUCAUCGUGCGAUUUAAGGCUGACAAUCCUGGAUCUUGGUUGAUGCAUUGUCACUUUGAGUGGCACAUGUCCGUGGGCAUGAUGAUGGUCUUCAAAGUCGAGGGAACGGUUUCUUCACGGCCUCCAGGCUUUCCGGAAUGCGGCAAUUUUGAUCUGUUGGACGAAAGCACCGCAGCUGCGUAGGUCCAACCGAAUAAAUGCAUAAAUCGAAAGCCAAAAAUUCGAAGUUCAACUGCUCCCAAUCAUGGAAAGAUGACUGGUGUGUAAGCAAAAAAAAAGAGCACACGGACAGGUUCAUUUUGAAAUACUACACCACAUAACGAAAAUGUUACGAGAAAAUGGGAGUCGACGACCGCUCGGUGCUGGAUGAAACAACACGGAAUUUCUCAUACACAAUCGUUAUACAUAUUUAUGAAAGCAAGAUCACCAAAAACCGAAAUAAGGACAAAACUUAUAUUAAUAUGUAUUGUCCGAGGAAUUAGCAAUAAAAACGGCGGCAUAAUAAA